UGGCCGUGUAAGGUCAUGACCUCUCAUAUACCGGGCGUGGGCUCGAGGAGUAGCAGAAGCAGCCUGGUGGGCUCAGCCUUCAGUAGUGCUAGUUCGCGUCGGGAGAGUGCCCUUAGCAGCAGCAGCGGCGGCGGCGGUAAGGAGUUCCGCGCCUCCCGCUGGUGGCUGGACAAGGUCCUGGCGCACAAACACGCCACUACCCGUGCUGCCACUUCCUCGUCGUCUCCUCCUCCUCCCCUCGCUCCCACCAUGUCUACCAUGGACUACACAUACAACCGAAAUGAAAGUCUACGGACACUAGACAACAUCCUCGAGCAUAUUGGCAACACUCCACUUGUUAAACUCAACAACAUUCCCAAGAGCUAUGGCCUCAAGUGUGAUGUUUAUGGAAAAUGCGAGUUCUUCAAUGCUGGAGGGAGUGUGAAGGAUCGCAUUGCUCUACGUAUGGUGGAGGAUGCAGAAAAAAAGGGACUUAUAACUCCAGGUUUAUCUGUCCUCAUAGAACCAACAUCUGGCAACACAGGAAUUGGACUUGCAUUAUGUGGGGCAGUGAAAGGAUAUCGUUGCAUAAUUGUGAUGCCAGAGAAGAUGAGCAAUGAAAAGGUUUAUGUACUUAGAGCCCUUGGAGCAGAGAUUGUGCGCACCCCAACCUCUGCAUCGUGGGAUUCUCCAGAGUCUCACAUCUCAGUUGCAAAAAGGCUGGAGAAGGAGAUUCCUGGAGCAAUGAUACUAGAUCAGUACAAAAAUCCUGGCAACCCCAUGUCCCACUAUGAAGGCACUGCUGAAGAAAUCCUGCAACAAACUGGUGGAAAUGUUGACAUGCUAGUGGCAGGUGCAGGGACGGGAGGAACCAUCACUGGUAUUGCAAGAAAACUGAAAGAACGAAUUCCAGAAUGUAAAAUUGUUGGUGUGGACCCAGAAGGCUCUAUCCUAGCACUGCCUGAGGAACUUAACAAAACCCCAGUCACAUCGUAUGAAGUUGAGGGGAUUGGUUACGACUUCAUUCCCAAUGUUCUUGAUCGAGACGUGAUUGAUGUGUGGAUGAAAUCCAAUGACAGAGAUUCACUUACCAUGGCCCGCAGGUUGAUUAAGGAAGAGGGCCUCUUGUGUGGUGGCAGUUCUGGUGCUGCUAUGCAUGCAGCCAUGACAGCAGCAGCAGAACUUGAAGCUGGGCAGCGCUGUGUAAUUCUUUUACCAGACUCUAUACGUAACUACAUGACCAAGCAUCUUUCUGACCAUUGGAUGAUAGAGAGGGACUUCAUUAAGGAGGAUGAAGAGACACAGAAUAAACAUUGGUGGUCUUCUCUGAAGGUGUCAUCACUGCCCCUGUCUGCGCCUUUAACAGUUCUGCCUAUCAUCUCCUGCCAGGAUGCCAUUGCCAUCAUGCAGCGUGAGGGAUAUGACCAGCUACCAGUUGUAGAUCAAGAAGGGAUAAUUCAGGGGGUUGUAACCUUAGGGUCCCUCAUGGCCAAAAUGGUAUCCUCAAAGAUAGAAGGUUCCAGCCCUGUCCAACAAUCUCUCUACUCACAGUUUCGUAAAAUCAAGCUAGGCACCACCUUGGGCAAACUCUCUCGUAUCCUAGAUCGUGACCACUUUGCACUGGUUGUCCAUACACAACGUCUCUAUGUGGAAGGUUCUGUCAUAGAGAAGGAAGUGUGCAUUGGCAUUGUGACCCAGAUUGACCUCCUGACACACAUCACCAAGCACCAAAAAGAGCAAAAGGAGACUCUUGAGUAAUACCAGUAGUUGUAUGUAGAUCGAGGGAGUGGCAAAUUGAGAUUAUGAAGAGGAUUGCACUUGGAACUGUCAAUACACCGAAAAUUCAAAUGACAUUUUUUACGAUAAUUUGGUGGUAUUUUUGGUAGACUCGAGGAUAGUGGAAAAAAAUAUUUUUAAUGUGUGUGUGUGUAUGACUUAUGACAACAAACUUUGAAUUAUUAAUAAUUUUUUAAGCUUUUUGGGGUAAUUUCAUUAUAUAAAUUAUAUUUAAUUUAUCAUAAUACAACUGAUACAAAUGUUUUAAUAUCUUUUUGAUAAUAAGGCUAACCAGAGCUUACAGCAUCAAAAACAUUCUGCAGUAACUUAUGCUGAUCUGAUUAUCUUUCAAACAAAAACAUAUUGGCAAAAAAAUGUUCUGUACUGGAAUUACUAUAUACAGCAAUAUAAGUGUAAUGCAGCAAAUAUCGAGGAUUAUUGUAAUUAAUGCAAACAAAUAUGAAGGAGUGCCAUAUUUAUCACAAAACACUCUUAAGCACAAUUCCUAUCCAUAUAUUUUUAAUGCUGUAUUGUCCAAACUUUCCCAUUACAUGACCAAUUUGGGUAAUUUUUACAUUCCAUUUAUUACACUGACAAUCAGAUAGACGAGUGAAAUGUUCAAUGUUUUCUUAAACUGAUAAUUAUUAAUAUAUGCAAACAUGACAGUGACACUUAACAAUUAUUUGUUUCUUUUAUACUGUGAUAUUAAAAGAAUUUAAUUCAGCUCCAUAGAUUUUUAUGUAUUGGUCAUUAAAGAGGUUUGGAUGAAAGGGACUAACUGUGGUUUAUUAGUGUUAAUAAAUUAGUCAGUACUGAAAAUCAUGAAUAAUGUUCUUAUAAUUAUUGAUAGUAGUAUUGUUUAUAAGAAAAUAUCAACAAUGAUAAAUUUUAUUUCUCAACACUUAAUAUAUGUUGGCUUUCUCAGUAAUUCAACUAUCACUUCUUUUAUUUACACCUAUGUAUAGUACAUGUUUUAUCCUGAAGUCUAUGAGAAACAAUGUAACACCAGUGUGUACAAUAGUUAUAUUUUUUAAAUAGAUAAUUGAAGAGACUGUCAUGCACUUUUAAAAGUAGAUGUGAAGAACUUAAAACAUUAUUACAAUCAAAGCCAAGUGCUAUAUUCACAAGGGUUAUAUGGCACUUUAAACACAUUAAAGCAUGAAUAAUCAUCUUAGGGUUGUAAUACUUAAGAGAUUUUUAUGCUCAUUUUUAUAAAUAUAUUAAAUAUAAUGCUGAAGAUAACUUAUUUUUUUAAUUUGAUGUCCUCACUGAAAUUUGUUUGAUUUUCUAUAAAUAGCUUAUUAUACGCAUACCUUAUUUUAACCAAAAUGUUGUAUCCUAUACCCACAUUUUAUUGGACAGUUAUUUUUCCUUAAAUAUUACUCAAUAAAAUAUUGUACCUAAUUUCAUCAAAGUUCAUAUUUACUAGUGAUAUGUAAAUAACAAGAUUACAGUACGUGUACUAGGAGAUUUGUUAUGGAAAUAUUUGAUCACUUGGAGCUUUAUCAAUCCAUAAUAAAUGCCUUGGUGUUGUACUUGUCUUGUUUAUGUACUUGUUAGUAAUUGAGACCAUCUUCAACUUUUUUUUUUUUUUUUUUCAACAAGUCGGCCAUCUCCCACCGAGGAUAUAUAAAAUAUUUAACAUAUCCAUUUUGUUUACCAUAUAUUACUAUUUUUGUAAUUCAUUAUUUGAAAUAAUAGAUGGGAAUUAUAAUGAUUGUUAAAAUAA